AAAUUAAUUGUAAGUAAUUGUAUCUUUUUGUUUCAGGUUCAUAAACGCGAGGAGAAGGAUAGUACAGCCAAUGAUAGACCAGUCAAAUAGAGCAGUGUUUUCCCCGCACGCAGGUCCCAGCGGUGCUUAUAGCCCCGACGCCACCAUGGGUUACAUGAUGGAUGGGCAGCAGAUGAUGCACCGACCGCCUGGAGAAGCAGCUUUCCACAACCAAUACGCCCAUUACCCAGCAGAAUACUACGGACACCACCUGUGAGGUCACACGCACACAACGACAAUGAACUUUGAAAUAAGCAACUUUUAAAUGUGAUUAUUCUCUGUACAAAAUGUAAAUGUAGUGACCCAGUGUUUAGUUAACAAAGAGUAAAAAGAAAAAAGAAACGGGAUGGACUUGUACAAAAGAAAAAA